UUAUAUGAAGGGCUCGACAUGUCACACUCUAAUUUAGUCGAAGCCACUGCCAUCGCGAUGAAGUUUACUAAUGCAAUGCCACUCUGGUUGGCGGUUGCUAUUCUCGCGAUUUACUCAUCGCCAUCCGAGUCCAAGUCGUUCCCGAAAGCAACUCUAGCUAAACCACCCAUCAACGAUGUAAAACUGUCGAGUUCGAGCCGCGGGAUGCCGGCGUACGCGGAUGAUGACGUCUUCGUGUCGUUGAAAAGUCGAACGGAAUCUUUUUCAGAGUCUCUGAAUCCGUCGUGGGUCAAUUACAGCGAUCCGAAACUGCUGUGGAAUCCGCAAGACAUUCCUUAUUUCAUCGAUCCUAGUUUAGCCAACUACACGCACGUGAUCACCACAUCGAUUUCUAAAUUCUCCGAAGUGUCUUGCUUGCGCUUUCGCGAACUUUAUUCUCACGAAUCCAACUUGUGGCCAAAAGAUUAUCUCUACUUCAACAAUUCGGAAGGCUGCGCUUCUUUUAUCGGUCGUCAAGGUGGCGCCCAACUGAUUUCUUUACAGGCAGAAAGGUGCACAGCCGAUGGUGCUGGUAAAGUCAUGCACUUGAUCCUUCACUCCCUAGGUUUUGGGCACGAGCACAAUCGACCGGAUCGCGACGAGGCCAUCAGAAUUCACUGGCUACACGUCAACGAGACAAAGCGACACUAUCUAAUCAAAUACAAUGGAACUGAUGCGGCCAUGUACAACGAGUCUUACGAUUACGACAGUUUGAUGCACGGAAGUAACACUCUUUUCACAAUCAACUCGUCGCUUGUGACGCUUACAGCUAGAAAUGACUCGAUUUUGGAAUUGGGAAAUCGUGACCAUCUCAGCGAAAAAGAUAUCCGUCGACUUAACGCUCGCUAUUCUUGUUCGAGCACAACGGAGCCCCCAACAGGACAGACUGGCUGCGACCCUACGGCGAGUGCCCCGACUUGUUAUGGCGAAACUCGUCCAACGUUGGCAGAUCCGACGGAUUGCACCAAAUAUUAUGUUUGCCAAGGAUUGGAGCCCAUCCGGAUGCCGUGCCCAGAGGGCUUGUUCUAUAAUCCUUUAAUUUUCGUUUGCGACUGGCCCUGGGCCACCAUUUGCUGCCCAGCGACUAAGCGUCCGAACAGCACAACGAUUUCGCAGAUGGCUAAUACUGAUUAAUCAAUCACGGUCACAUAGUUUCCAAACUUUCUUUUCCUUUUUUUUUACUUUCAAUACGUGCAGCAAAAUCAAUAUCGGUAAAAUGUUAGAUGUGAUUAGAAAUCCAGCCAAUGAGAACGCGUAGGUUAGAACUCGCUUAUUAGUAUUACCUGAUUAUACUUGAUUACUAAACGAAUUCGAUUCCCGAUUAAAAACAGUCAAACCGAUUUCCACCGGAAGUUUGUAAAAAUUUAAUCGAAUACAUGUAACCGCAGUUACCGCACAUUACACAACAACACGUAA